GCAAGAUUGUUCGUGUGAUUGGGUGGAUUGGCUCACAAUUACAGCGGAAAGCCGCUGUCGAGCAGCGUCGCCAUGCCGUCCAUUGGGGAUGAAGUCUAUCGCUUGGGCCUGGAUUUGAGCAACGAGGCCAUGGCUGCUGUGGAGAAGCUGCCCUACGGCCAUGCCGUCGAGCUGCUGGGCGCCACCCAGCAGAAAUUUCAGAGUGGUCACCUCAAGGACCCUUCGAACUACAUUUGUGCGACGGUGUCGCGUGGGUAUGUGCCGCGAUCGGGGUCUGGUCAGAAGGGUGCCAUCGGCGCUGGGGGAGCGAAAGGCGGGGGCGGUCACAAGCCCGGAUCAGACAACUACGAAGCAGCCGCUGCUGCAUUGAUUCAGACUCCAGGUAUGAAGAAAGCCGAAGAUGCUGGGGUGUCGCUGUCCGAUGAAGCAAUCCAGGCCUUGCUCACCAUCCCUGCAUCUCAUGCCUCAGAGAUCUUAGACGCGGUGGCCGAGAAGCAUCAGGACCUGAGGGACCCUUCGAACUACGUCAUUGCAACCAUCAACCGAGGAUACGUGCCAAGAUCAGAAGGGGGAGGCGCAGGAAAAGGAGGGAAAGCUGCGGGUAAUUUGUACGAAACCAUCUAUGGCUCCAAGGGUGGAGGCAAGCAGCCGCACUUUGAGGAUCACAGCAAACGCAGUCACAGCAGCGUCUUCAGUGGGCCAAUCGGUGCUGGUGCUGGGGGCUACGGCAGCUACGGUAACAGCUAUUCGGGCAGCUGGAGUGGUGGAGGCGGCGGCGGAGGAGGAGGACAUCCGCAUCCGACGCGUCGCAACACCAACCUGCUUCCCAACGAUCUGUCGCGUGUCGAGUCGGCGGUUUUGGAGCUGAAUGACCAGGAUCUUUGGGCUGGGCAAGAGAUCAAUUGCGCCACUCUGUUGAGCUUGCGCUGCAUUCCAGAGGACGAUGCCAUGGAGUUGCUCCAAAACCUUCAGGGCAAGGGCAUCAGCAAAGGAAGCAAGGGCAUUGGCAACCUGAACAACUACAUCCAGGCAGCAGUGUCUAAGAUUGCGAAAGAGGGAGGCGGGGGAGGCGGCAGCGGCGGCCACAAUGGUAGCACUGGUGGGAAAGGUAGCGGAAAGAACUACACCGGUAACCAAAGCAGACAGAAGGCCGAAGAGUUGGGCUUGAUUUUGUCGGAGAGGAGCUAUGAGACUUUAGCCCGGAUGCCGCUCAGGAAAGCGACGCGCUUGAUCGAAGAGGCGGCUCAGCGACAGGCAGAUGGAGAAGAUGCGGACCACUACAUUGACCGUGAGGCGCAGGAGGAUGAGCCACAUUCAAAGAGGGCUCGCGUGGAGUGAGUGGUCCAGAGAGGCCGCGACUGAGGCGUUCUGAUAGAAUUGUGGGUAAGCAAUCGAGUUAGAGGAUUCGGUGGAA